UUUAAUUCGUGUCAAGCUGUUUAGAUAAUGUAAUCAUCUAUAAGAAAGCAUUUCUAUCUGUUUAGAUUUCUAGAAUAACAAAAAAAUAUUAUCAAUGUUAAAUUAUCGCAUUUUCAUAGGAUCGCUGUCUAGGAGAUAAACAGGAUUGUUCCCACAGAAACGUAAAAUAAUUACUCGUUAUGGCAUCUGCUGAGAGUGAGACUGAAGAAAAAGUUACAAGUGUAUCUGCAGAAGGAAACGAUGAUGAAACUGACGAUAAUUUAUCUGAUGUUGAUUAUCUUCAUAAUGAACUUGCAAACGUUAACAGAAAACUCGAAGUCAUGCAUCUGGCAUUGGAAAAAGCUCGACAAGAUCAUAAGCAUACUAUAGAGUCCAAAGACAAAGAUAUCCAUAAUCUACAAGAGCAAAUUAACGAUAUGCAGGGAAACGUCGACCGAUUAAAGUUUGAAAAGGAAAGACUGUUGUCGAAAGGAAACCUUCGUGAGAUUGACAUGGCUGGUUUGAAGAGGGAAAUAGACAAUUUAAAGUUACAACUACACGAGACUGAAGCAAAAGCCAAAAAGCGCGAAGACGUUAAUGCGGUUCUUAUGGCACAAGAACAAACGAUAAAGGAAGAACUGAAAGAAGAACUCAAAGAAGAGAUGGAUAGAAACACACAAGCAUUGCAUGAUGAUAUGUUAGCUAUAUUGAGAGAAGUACAAGCGGAGAAAAAAGAUGUUGCUGCAAUUCUUCAAGAGGUUCAGACAGAAAAGAAAAACGUGGCUGAGGUAAAAAGAGGAAUGCACAAACUAACAAACAAAGGGAAAUAUCAUAAGCAUUGCAUGGAAAAUAAAUACUAACAUUUUUACAUUUACUGGAUGCAUUGCUUUGGGUGUUAAUUUCAUAUUUUGAUAUGAUACCUUCAUUUUUAGUGUGGAAACCAUUGCCAUAAUAUGUCAUUCAUGUUAGUUUGUAUCAUUGGUGUUUUUAUUUUCUUUGUCACUGCAAUGAACACUACCUAGUUUAUAUUAAGUAACCACAUUUCCGUCAUAAAAUCAUGUGUUGUUAAAGCCUCUUGUCCAACUUGUUUAUUGUUGGUAACUUUAUAUGUUUGAACAUGUAGUUUUUUUACUACGUCAUCUAUAUAACAGGGCCUUAAAAUGGCUGCAUGGUUAAGGUCGCCGGCCUCAAAUCUCCUCAGAUAUUUGAGAGACGAUUUUCAGAGCAUGUAUCAUUUGAAAGUAUGAUUCAGUAUCUGCUAUCUGCUUAGCAUAUGUCACUUCUAGAACAAGUGAAAGCAUAUUUGUGCUGUCUUUAGUUGCAUUUAUUGCAAUUCAGCUUAUCAUAUACAGCACAAAACAAGAACAAAGAUAAAAAAAACUAAAAUGAAGCCGCCAUUAAACGGACUUAACCAUACAGCGGUUUAUGUAUGAUUGUGAAUAUCUUUUAAUCUAAUCAAACACUCUCUAAGUAAUUUAAAGACGGAGUUAACGUCAUUUUCAUAAGUCUUCAGGAGACAUUCAUUUUCAAACUUUUUCUCAGCAUACAUAACCUUGUUACUGUAUCUAAUUACCUCAUUUAUACCUAAAGUUUUAUAAUGGGAUCUUCCAGCUUUCAAUUUGGACAAGUAUAUUACUUUAAAUAGGGGUGUUUUGCAGGAUUCUGUUGCAAAAAGCUAUGAAUUUAAAUCCGGAGCAGACGAAUUUGUUCUUGUCGUCUAGUUUGGAGUGUAGAUGCUUGAAAAUGAAUAUAUAUUUAAUGAACUCUAGGCACGAAUGGGUUUUAAUUAAGUUAAAAGAGAUAACAAAAACGAAACUGCAUAACGUAAACAUUCCAAAUCCAUCAAUCCUAAAUGCAUUAUAACACCUGUGUUGCUAUGUUCAGGAGUUUUUAUUGUAAAGGAAGAGUUUAUCUGUUGUUCAGCAAGAAAUUCCUUUUUUGAUAAAUAAAACGAAACUUCAUUUCAAUUGAUCUGACAAAGAUUACGAUAUGAGCCGCGCCAUGA